UUCUUUUUUUCUCUAUCUCUCUCUCUCUCCUCCUCCCAUAUAUUUAAUUUAUUAUCAAAAUGGAUAUCUAUCCAAUAGAUGACAUUUCACCACCUGCCACACCACCAACGUUUACUUAUAAUGCUAUUCAACGAAACCUAGCUACAGCUUCUACUCGAUCCACUCAAAGACAACGAAGAACAUCAAUGAUGGACCUUAAUUCUGAAUUUCAAUUUGAUGAAGACCAACUUCUUCAUCUUCGACAACUGAAACAGUCCUUUCAACAACUCACACCGAAACAAAAGCAAUACUUUUUACAUGAGAUAAUCAACAGUUGUGAUAAUUCUCAACUAACUUAUCUUAAUGACCUUAUUGCCCCAAGACUUAAAAUUGAUUUCCUAAAAGAAUUACCGAUUGAAAUCUCUUUACACAUCUUGACAUUUAUUGAUGAUCCUAAAACAUUAGCAAGAGCUGCCUGUGUAUCAACUCUUUGGAAUUCAUUAUUAAAGGAUGAGGCAACUUGGAAAACAUUAUGCAUGAAGCAUCAAUAUCGUAGACGUAAUUCUAGUAUUUGUGGUGGUGAGCUCUUAGAGCCCCCUAGUCAACGUCGAAACUUUUCUUAUCGUGAAUAUUUUAAGAGAAAAUAUAAUAUUGCCUCUGCUUGGGCACAUGGAGGUGGUAAAGUAAAGGUGGUAGAAGAAGGGUUUGGAGAAGGUUUGGUCACUUCUUUACAAUACGAUAGUAAAUUUAUUGUUGUCGGUUGUGAUAAUCAUCGUAUUGAGGUCUUUGAUGCAAAUACAGCCGAGAAAAUACGGACUUUAGAAGGGCAUGAAGGCGGCGUAUGGGCACUCCAUUUCAAAGGCGGUGAGAAGUAUGACCCAGGUCGUAUCUUAGUUACAGGCGGCUGCGAUAGAGAUGUGCGUGUAUGGAACUUGGAUACUGGAGAGCUAUUACAUGUGUUACGUGGCCAUAACUCAACUGUAAGAUGCUUAAAAAUGAAAGAUAAAAGAAUUGCAGUAACAGGUUCAAGAGAUACAACAAUUCGAGUAUGGGAUAUUCAACGAGGUGCUUUGAUACAUGUCCUAUUAGGACAUCAAGCUUCUGUACGAUGCAUGGAAAUUUCAGGCCAUAUUGUUGUCUCGGGUUCUUAUGACUCUACAGCACGUGUAUGGGAUUUACGUACAGGUCGAUGUCUUCAUGUUCUUGCAGGUCAUUAUACACAAAUUUAUUCAAUUGCCUUUGAUGGCCACAAGGUUGUUACCGGCUCUCUUGAUUCUAAUAUCCGAGUUUGGUCAGCGGAGACAGGUCAAUGUUUAGCCACUUUACAUGGUCAUACUUCAUUAGUAGGACAAUUACAGUUAUCGGGUUCUACAUUAGUUAGUGGUGGCUCGGAUGGUUGUUUACGUGUCUGGGACCUUCAACAUUAUGAAUGUAUUCAUCAAAUAUCAGCCCAUGAUAAUUCAGUAACUUGCCUUCAAUUUGAUGACCGACGUAUGAUGAGUGCAGGUAAUGAUGGUCGUAUCAAGUUAUGGGAUAUAAAACAAGGUCGUUUAAUUCGUACUUUUACUCAACCUGCAAAGACAGUUUGGAAGAUACAAUUUACAGAAACAAAGGCUGUAGUUGUUAUGCAACGUAAAGUAUCACCUAAUUCAGAAGAAGGAAGAACAGUGAUGGAAGUUCAUGAUUUUGAUGUAGAAGAUGAAGAGGAUUACAAUCCAAUUUCUACUAAAAUGCUUAUAGAUACCAAUUAGUUUAUUUGUUUUUUUUUUCCUACUAUUUAACAGUAUAUAAAUAUAUUCCUUUUUUCCCCCUCCUUCCUUGUAUUAUAUUGUUUAUUAUUUAAUAAAUUGAAUGUUAUUAAAAUAUUUAAUAAA